AUGACAUUGGCGGAAAAACUAGCACUGGUGGCAAUUGUCACCUAUGCGUGCGUUGUGACAUCAAGGGCUAGUCCACUAGAACCGGAACGGUACUUUUUGGUUGAGGCCGAACCACGUGCCCAGCAGGAAGAUUUUCGGCUGAACGAUGACGUGUGGCCUUCACACUAUGAUGUCGAGAUUAAACCAUACCUGGAACCGGAAGGAAACAAGGCACAGUUCACUUUCGACGGUAGCGCAAAGGUAACGGUGACCACCCAGAAACAGGAUGUUAUGCAAAUCAAGCUGCACAAAUCACGGAUGGAGAUCAGUGCUUGGAGCAUUACCCGUAAAUCGGAUAACGCCGAUAUCCCGAGACAGCAGGAAAUGUACGAUGCUGAAACGGAAAUUUUGACGCUUCCAUUGAGCACGGCCCUUCAGGCCAACGCGGAAUAUGUGCUAUCGUUUACAUACGUCGGUAACAUGGAUGACGAUAUGCAUGGAUUCUACCGUAGCUAUUAUUGGUCCAACGGUGAGAAGGUGUGGAUGGGAUCAACACAGUUCCAGCAGACCCAUGCACGUCGUGCCUUUCCAUGCUUCGACGAACCUAAAUUUAAGGCCACAUUCCAGCUAAAGAUCAACCACAAAACGCAGUACAAUGCGUACUCCAAUACACCGAUCACGAGCACUACGACUCCUGAAGUUGGUCGCAGCUUAACAACGUUCGGCAUUACUCCGACUAUGUCGUCCUAUCUACUAGCCUUCAUUGUGGCACCGUAUGAUGUGAACGAACGCAAUGGUAUGGGCAUUCUAGCUCGACCCCAGGCCAGAAACCAGACAGAUUACAGUUUGAACGUAGGAAUCGAUCUACUGAAAGCUCUUGGAGACUGGAUUGACUAUCCUUACAGCAAUGUUCCCGCAAUGACACGCAUGUACAUGGCUGCCGUGCCAGAUUUUUCGGCCGGUGCCAUGGAAAACUGGGGACUGCUUACGUAUCGCGAAACGAAUAUUCUUUAUCGUUCGGAUGAUUCGACCAGCAUGCAGCAGCAGCGUAUUGCAGCCGUUAUUUCACAUGAGAUAUCCCACCAGUGGUUCGGCGAUCUUGUCACUUGCGAAUGGUGGGACGUAACUUGGCUGAACGAGGGUUUCGCUCGCUACUUCCAAUUCUAUGGUACGGCACUCGUCGAGACGGCUUGGGAUCUGGAUCAUCAGUUCGUGGUAGAACAACUUCAGGGUGUGAUGCAGAUGGACAGCUUGACGUCCACCCAUCCCAUGACACAUCCCGUGUACACACAGUCUCAGGUUAGCGGCAUCUUUGAUAACAUUUCCUACAACAAGGGAGCGGUCACGCUGCGUAUGAUGGAGCACUACCUCGGUACGGAAAAGUUCCAGACCGCGCUGAGAGCGUACAUCAAAGAUCGGGCAUUUAAAACCACACGUCCAUCAGACCUAUUCAACGUUCUGAAUCGCUACGAUCCCAAUGCCCGCGCUUUCAUGGAACCAUGGACGGUGCAGUCCGGUUAUCCACUGGUCACCGUCACCAGUCAUGAGAGUGGUUUUACCCUCACGCAGAAACGCUUCCUCGUCAACGAACCGAAUCACUCAGAUCAGACAACCUGGCCAUUGCCAAUUACCUAUGCUACUGACGCGAAUGGAUUUUCCAACACGACACCCGCUAUUCACACCGGAAGGACGAUGGAAAUUCAAAUGUCGGGUGCCUCCGACGUUAAAUACUUCAUUCUCAACAACCAGCAGCUCGGGUAUUAUCGCGUAAACUAUGAUGCCAUCCUGUGGGGUAAGAUUAGUAAGGCGCUUCACAGCGAAGGAUUCGGCGGAAUUCAUGUGCUCAACCGUGCGCAGAUUGUUGACGAUCUCUUCAAUCUGGCACGUGGAGAUGUUGUACCCUACGGAACAGCGUUGGAGAUUUUGGAGUACCUAAAGGAAGAAACCGAAUAUGCACCAUGGUUGGCAGCAGUCAAUGGUCUCACCACACUGUCUCGCAGAAUUCACGCUGAAGACGAAAAAUUAUUCGCGGCACACAUCUUGGACAUCUUUUCCAAGGCAUACGACACCGUCAAAUUCCAAGCACCGGGUGUAUCCGAACGUCGGGUGUUUACGUACAUGCGUCAGAAUGUACUUCAAUGGGCUUGCAAUUAUGGUCAUGACGAGUGCAGCAAAGCUGCGGUAGCCGAAUUCGAUAGAUACCACAAGAACCCGAACAUCAAAGUUCACCCUGACUUGCGCCAGGUUGUAUAUUGUGAGGGAAUUCGUAAAGGUUCUAUGGAGCACUUUGAAUUUUUGUGGAACCAGUAUUUGACCACAAACAUGGCAACGGAGCAAAUUCUUAUUCUGCAAGGAUUGGGCUGCGCUUCAACGAGUGAACUGAUUAAUAUUAUGAUGGAUGCCAUCACAUCACCACACGUUCGGUCGCAAGAUAAAAGCAACGCUUUUACCUACGUCAUCAAUAACCCAUAUACGCUACCGCAUGUUUCGCGCUACCUUCAACAAAAUCACGCCAUUUGGGCUACAGCCCACGGCAGUUACAUGAAUGUUGCUUCUGCAUUUAACAACGUUCUCGCCCGAUUGAAGAGCGACAGUGAGCGCGAUAUUAUCAGCAGCUUCAUUGAGACGAACAAGAACACACUAGGCCAGGCUGCCUAUGAUUCGAUCAAGAAUGGAUUGGGGGAUUAUGAAAGCAAUAAGCAGUUUACCAUGAGAAACCGUGGAGAAAUCAGUGAGUUCCUGGACAAGAAAAUCAAUGGGGGUGCAGCCACCAUUUUUGCCAAUUUGACGAUGAUUGUUGGAUUGGUCAUGCUAGUACUAGCACGUUGGUGA